AUGUCUCAGGUGGACGCCCCCGCAGCUGUGGUUCAAGAUAGCACAAAUGAAAACAAACAAGAAAAUAAACCAGCGGAUGCCGUCCAAGCGCCAGAAACAGGCGGUGGUGAAUCACUUACACUAGCAGAUACUGCCACGCAAGAAGAUUCCCAAGUCGCUAAAAUUGCAGACCAAGCCAAGUCGAAUGACGAAAAUCAAAUAAAGGUGGAAAAUGUGAUAAGUGCUGACCCGGAAGAAUCUAAAAAAGAACUUACACAAGAGUCAACAGAAAUUUCAAUUAAAACAGAACCGGGUGCGAAUAACGGAAAAUCUGAUAGUAAUGAAGUAUCUAAAGGAUCAGGUGAAUGGCAGCAACGUGAAUUGGAACUUUUGAAAAAGAUUGCGGAAUUGGAAAAAGUCACGAGCGAGAGAAGCGAAGAUGGUCUCCGUCUGGAAUUAAAAGUUCGUGAGGAAGAAAUAGAUCUAUUGAAAGCGCGAGUGAAGAACCUGGAGACGGAACUGCAGGCCGCGUUAUCGAAGCCGAGCGGCAAGAACCACGAGAUGAUCGAGAAGAUUAAAUUGCAGCAUGAAGAGUUGCUAAGCAAAGCCCGCGGCAUGAUAUUCGACAAAACGAAGAUGGUGAAGAACCAGGAGCUGCAGAUCCAAGCUCUGACUACACAGGUGGCUUCGCUAAAGGACAUUAACAUUAUCACGAAGGACUUGCUCGAUAUCAGGAAUUCCGAAGUCAAAGCUAUGGAGGAGCGUUUUCAAGCGAUGGAUGCGCGUUACAAAGCUGAGAAGGAAAGAUACAGUCUUGUGCUACAAAGAGCUCAGACCAGCACCAAUAUUAAUGACGACCUGCGUAAAGAAUAUGAAACGCAACUCGCUAUAUUUAAGGAAUUGCGAGAGAAAUACGAAGAGAGAGUUCAAGCGUUAGUAGCUGAGAACAACAGACUCAAGGAGUCCAUUAAAGGCACUACAUCCGGAUAA